UUCCCACGCGCGCUAAAGAUGAUAUCUCGCUGCUCGUUCCUGUUACCCACAAGACUCGCUCUUAAUUUCUAUCCACUACUUCGCCGCCGCCUCGGCUUGCGACGAUCAUCUCUUAUAGAUGGUCAACAGUCCGCGACCGAUGAUCGAUCCUCCCCCUCCGCUUCUCACAGCGUCUUCUCCCGCGUUGCCACCGCCGAUAUCUCGCCUGAUACCCUCGCUUCCUGAUGACCUUGCCAUCCUCUGCAUCGCUCGAGUCCCGCCAUCGUAUCACCCCUUGCUCGCCGCUGUAUCACGUGCGUGGCGCACCUUUCUUCGCUCCCCUCUCCUUUUCUCCGUCCGCCUCGAAGUCGGCGCGUCGCAGUCCUUCCUCUUCAUCAGCAUCCACACUCUUAUUGACCAAUCUCGUUGGUAUAUCCUUGAUCGUCUCUGCUGGAAUCAUUCCCCUCUUCUUAUCCCACUCCCUGCGCCGCCCCUUGUCUCUCCCCUCGGUUGCACAGCUGUCUCCCUUGGUCACUCUCUCUUCCUCCUCGGGGGCUCUAUCGACGGCAUUCCCUCAUCCGUCGUACAAAUAUACGAUGCCCGAUUCAAUUAUUGGCGUCUCGGCCCCCAUAUGUCUGCUUCCCGCGAGUUUGCCGCUGCUGGUGUCAUUUCUGGCCGGAUCUACGUUGUAGGUGGCUGCCACCCCAUCAACAAGUAUUGGGCUGAGGAAUUCGAUCCGGAGAAGGAGCGAUGGAGGCGGAUCUCAAGCCCACCGGAGAUCCGAGAGAAGUGGAUGCACGGAAAUGCAGUUAUUGGGGGAAAGCUGCUUGCGAUGGCGGAUCGUGGCGGUGUGGUAUUAGAUCCCGCUGUGGCUGCGGCAGAGGCAGAAGUUAUGCAGGAUAAAGCAUGGAGUAUGGUGCCAACAACGCUGGAUCUAGGGUGGAGGGGUAGGGCGGCCGCUGUGGGGGAAGUUCUUUACUCUUAUAGUUACCUGGGGAAGAUCAAAGGGUAUGAUUUCACGAACGACGAGUGGAGGCCACUGGACGGACUGGAUAAGGAGCUACCAAAGUUUUUGCAUGGAGCAACACUGACCAAUUUGGGUGAAAUGCUGUGUUUGGUUUGGGAAGGGAAGAGGAAGGGCAUGGAGAUGGAGGUCAUUUUUGCUGGAAUUAGGGUUACCAAAACAAACAACGGGGGUUUGCUGGGAUCUUUGGUCUGGUUGGAAACGUUUGUUUUGGCGUUUCCGAAGGGAACAUUCAUUUCACAGUGCAUCUCGCUGGAGUUCUGAUCUGAAAAUGGUUUACUGAUUUGUUUGAAACCUUUCAGGUUGGUUACACAACCACGUGUACUCAAAAGUGUUUAAUGUUCCAUCAUCAUGGUCAUUAUCCCAACAAUUUGGGUUGGCUUUAUACAGGGCUUGCAAGGGCAAAAUCUUAAGAAGGAAAGCUUAAAAAACUGAAAUUAACUGUUGGAACGCGAAGGUGCAAAAUUUUAAAAAGAAGAAGCUCGAUUUUGUAAGGGUAUUUUGCCUUGCCAAGCAGGCAUGUGGCCGCUUGUGUGGUAGGAUGAAACAGCCUUACAUAGGGUGAAUUCACUUUUUUUUUAAAAUUGAAUUUAAUCGUAAUAGACCUGGUCAUCUAUGUCAUGUUAACUUAUAUUUGUAAUUUGCUCGAGUAAUUUAAUACGAGACCCAGAUAAAUACAUGUAAAUCACUUGUAUGUUUGUAUGAUUUUGUAUGUUCUAUUGUUAUAGACUCUAAAUUUAUUUUACUUCUCA